AUGCGGAUUCGUGAUGUUCGCCGUCUGACUCAACGUGGUGCUGACUUUCAAUCCGAAUUUGAAUACUUUUUCAAUCUCGAGAACGCGCCUACCGAUGUUCGUUCUGAGUACCUGCGCGUCUUUCGACGAGCGUACAUGCUCGAUUCCAAAAUCCAUCCCCACGUUGCCGAGACUUACCGCCAAGUCAUGGGGAUGAUCAUCGCCGCACAUGAUCCACAGGUGAACAGCGUACGUUGCCUGUCGUUGCUCCUAGAGAUGACAGAGGAUAAAGUGCGGACGUGUUUGGAGCCGAUCAGCUCUAUACUUAAUCUCCCCUCGGAUAAUGCCCGAACCAUUGAUUUCUACCAUGCGACGGCAAAGGAAUUUAUCACCGGUAACCCCGUUGUCGAUGGAAGUGACACUGACAAGGCCUUCUUCAUUGAUGACGUGGAGGGAUACUUCAUCGGCUUUCGACUCCUUGCACUUGUGGAUGACAUCAUCGAUCGGAACCUGUAUGACAUCCCCACGGAGACGUCAUCUGGAGGUGUAAACAAACGGAAGAAUUUUCAGGAACAGCUCAGGAAUCUUCCUGGACAUGUCAAAUAUGCCCUAAGGCACUUGUUUGACCAUUUAGAUCCAUCUCAACUUUUCUCCCGCGACGAAAAUGAAUUGCAGCACAAGUUUGAGCGCUUUAUUACGCGCAACCUAUUGUCAUAUCUUGCGCUGAAUCCUCGAUUCUCAUCUUCUCACAUGCCUGAUCGAUUGCGUCACCAAGUCCAGCACCAUUCAAUUAGGCUUCUAAAUGAGACUGCGUAUUACAACGAGCACUUGCUUUCAAUUCCUCGUCAUCCUUGGCGGUAUCAUCCAUCCUCUCUUCGUUUCAUCCCACCAUCAUCUGAAUUGUUCAAGCAAUACCACCAUCUCUCCGAUUCUUGCAUCCGCAUCUUCUGUUUUGGUGACCAGCUUUCUCAUGGCAACACCAUUCCACUAAGUGAGGGUGUACUCAUGGCGCAAAAUGCCGUCUCUUCCGACGCACCUGAAACGAUAACGAUUCCGGUCGAAUCGCGGUGGCUUGCUCGCAAAUUUGGUGCAGUUGAUUAUAAGGCUGAAUUUGAUCAUGCCGGUACUCGUAAUGGCACUGUUACCAGUGCGGCAAUAUCUCCAGACGGCCGUUAUGUUGCCCUUGGUUUCGGAAAUGGCAUGAUCGAGGUUGCUGAUAUUGAUGAUCGAUGCGCCGUCUCCCAAUUCCAGUGUGAUGCUUCCAAUCAUCCCAUUUGGAUCGAGUUCGUCUCUGGCGAUUGUCGUAUCGCCGUGGAAGACAACAAGGGAAGGGUUAUCAUCUUUGCUCGUGGUGCACAGCCCGUGAGAUUAAAGGACCCACUUCCUGUGUGCCGCUAUUCUGUUGUGACGGCAGUGCCACAGGAUAGGUCAUUAAUAGUUCGGGCACCAGGGGACGAAAAGUGGUACAAAAGUGUGGUCGUGCUAUCUGUUUCAGAUCGCCCAUCUAUCCGGUGCCUGCCUUUCCCUCGCUCUAACUCUUUCCACUCUGGAUCGAAACACACAGCCCGGUCAUACCCUAAGUUUCCAUCUAUUCCUUUCCAUGGCUCACUUGGGUUUUCCCCAGGAGCUCGUUACGUCGGCGCCUAUGACAGGGAGAAAGCUUUCGUUUGGUCGAUGGAGUCGUAUGAGCUCAUUGCUUACUAUCAGGUACCGAGCUGCCCCACUUGGAUAUUGAAUCCAGGAGUCGGACCCCCCCCCCUCAUCAUAUACCAGACAUAA